AUGGCAAACCAAGAAGAAGAGAAAGUUGAUUCAUGUGCACUGGUGAAUAGUCGAAUUAUACUAAAGCAGAUUCAAAAUACUAAAAAUGCCAAUACUAACAUUUUGCUUUCUCCACUAUCAUUCCAUGCUGUACUGAGCAUGACAGCUGCUGGAGCAACUGGACAUACACUGAAUCAAAUGAUUCAAUUUCUGGGUGUUAGCGAUAUCAAUGAAUUAAAUUCAAAGUUUGCAAAUAUGGCUGAUGUUAUUGAUAGCAAUGGUAAUGGUGGUCCUGAUUUGAGUUUCCUUAAUGGAAUGUGGGUGGCUCAUACAAAUCAACUUAGAGACUCUUACAAAGAUUUAGCCAAUGCUGUAUACAAAACUGAACCUAAAGUUGUUGAUUUUAAACGAAAGGAAGAGGUGGUAGAAGAAGUUAACGCCUGGGCGGAGUCUGCAUCAAGAGGCCUUAUCACAGAAAUUCUUAAGCCAAAGCACAUCACUGUUAUUUUAAAGGUACAUGGAAAUUUGAUGAAAAGUACACAACAGACAAAGACUUUUACCUACUCAACAGUGACAAAAUCUCAGUUCCCUUCAUGA